GCGCCUGCGCAGUGGAUACGUUUUUAAACCUUCCUCUCUUUCUCUUCGGCCAGUCAGUCCGUUCCCGAAGCGCUUGGGUUGUUCAUCGGCUCACUUUGCCGCCUCCCUGAGAUCUUUGGCUGGCACGCGGCGAAGGAGGCGGAGCCGCGCGUGACCAGUGACGGCGGUCCCGGUUGGCCGUCGAGCGGGCAGGGCGGUUGAUUCCAGCUUGUUCCGGCUGUGGCUGGUUUUCCCCGCGCAAGCGCAGCCUGUAACGGUUAGAGUCGCAAAGGGCAAUGGCGGCGGGAGGGAGCCCUGCUGCGGCCCUGACUACGAUGGUGCAGGUAGAGGAGCCGCGGGGGGAGGUGCAGGGCGCUCCCGGGCCGAGCCCCGGGCCUUCCACCGCCGCCGACCCAAGCGAGGUACCCGCCGCUAGGCCAGACUCGACAGGUCCGGAGGCGAAUCCCGAGAGCGGCGCCGCAGCGGCGGGCAACAGAGGGGCGCGGCGGUUCCUUUCUGGCGUCGUCGAAGGAUUUUAUGGAAGGCCUUGGGUUAUGGAACAGAGGAAGGAGCUUUUUAGACGACUGCAGAAAUGGGGAUUGAACACAUACCUGUAUGCACCAAAAGAUGAUUACAAGCACAGGAUGUUUUGGCGAGAAAUGUACUCUGUGGAAGAAGCUGAGCAACUUAUGACUCUGAUAGCAGCUGCUCAAGAAUAUGGGAUAGAGUUUAUCUAUGCUAUAUCUCCUGGACUUGAUAUCACCUUCUCAAACCCCAAAGAAGUAUCAACACUGAAACGCAAGCUAGAUCAGGUUUCUCAGUUCGGUUGCAGGUCUUUUGCAUUGCUGUUUGAUGAUAUUGAUCACAAUAUGUGUGCAGCAGACAAAGAAGUAUUCAGCUCUUUCGCUCAUGCCCAAAUUUCAAUCACUAAUGAAAUCUACCAGUAUCUAGGAGAGCCACAAACAUUCCUUUUCUGUCCCACAGAAUAUUGUGGCACUUUCUGCUAUCCCAACGUGGCUCAGUCUCCGUAUUUACGAACAGUAGGAGAAAAACUGUUACCUGGAAUCGAUGUAUUAUGGACAGGUCCCAAAGUGGUAUCUAAAGACAUUCCAGUAGAGUCCAUUGAAGAGGUUUCAAAAAUAAUUCGCAGAGCUCCAGUGAUCUGGGACAACAUUCAUGCUAAUGAUUAUGAUCAGAAAAGACUGUUUCUUGGACCAUAUAAGGGCCGAUCAACAGAACUCAUUCCACGUUUAAAGGGUGUCCUGACUAAUCCGAAUUGUGAAUUUGAAGCCAACUUUGUUGCUAUUCACACCCUUGCAACCUGGUAUAAAUCCAACAUGAAUGGAGUGAGGAAAGAUGUUGUGAUGACUGACACUGAAGAUAGUACUGUUUCAAUCCAGAUUAAACUGGAGAAUGAAGGGAGUGAUGAAGAUAUUGAAACAGAUGUUCUGUAUAGCCCACAGAUGGCCUUGAAAUUAUCUUUAACAGAGUGGCUGCAAGAAUUUGCAGUUCCUCAUCAAUACAGCAGCAGGCAAGUGGCUCACAGUGGGGCUAAAACAAGUGUAGUAGACGUACCACUGGUUGCACCAUCCUCUUUAAAUUCUACCACCGUGGUGACUACAGUGUACCAAGAGCCCAUAAUGAGUCAAGGAGCUGCACUAAGCAAUGAGCCUCCGGCUCUGGUCAAAGAAGAAGAGAAGAAGCAGUUGGAUGAUGAGCCAAUGGAUAUGGUGGUUGAAAAGCAAGAGGAUUCAGAGAAAAACAUCAGUCAAAUAUUGACAGAUAUUGCUGAAGCAAAAAUGACAGAAGAAUUAAAACCCAUGGACACUGAUAAGGAAAGCAUAGCUGAAUCAAAAUCGCCAGAGAUGUCCAUGCAGGAUGAUUGUGGCAGUGAUAUUGCACCUAUGCAGACAGAUGAGCAGACCAACAAGGAGCAGUUCAUACCUGGUCCCCAUGAGAAGCCUUUGUAUGCAGUAGAGCCAGUGACUUUAGAAGAUCUACAGUUACUUGCUGACCUCUUCUACCUCCCAUACGAACAUGGGCCCAAAGGGGCGCAAAUGUUACGAGAGUUCCAGUGGCUCAGAGCAAAUAGCAGUGUUGUCAGUGUGAAUUGUAAAGGAAAGGACUCCGAAAAGAUUGAAGAAUGGCGUGCUCGAGCCACCAAGUUUGAAGAGAUGUGUAACUUGGUGAUGGGCAUGUUCACUCGUCUUUCCAACUGUGCCAACCGGACAAUCCUCUAUGAUAUGUAUUCGUAUGUCUGGGACAUCAAGAGCAUCAUGUCAAUGGUGAAAUCUUUUGUGCAGUGGCUAGGGUGUCGUAGUCAAUCUUCAGCACAGUUCUUAAGUGGAGACCAAGAACCCUGGGCCUUUAGAGGUGGUCUAGCAGGAGAGUUCCAGCGUUUGCUGCCUAUUGAAGGAGCAAAUGACCUCUUUUUUCAGCCACCUCCUCUGACUCCUACUUCCAAAGUAUACACCAUCAGACCCUAUUAUUCUAAAGACGAGGCAUCAGUUUACAAGAUCUGCAGAGAAAUGUAUGACGAUGAAACUGAUGAGCCUUUCCAUAGUCAGCCAGACCUAAUUGGAGACAAGUUGGUAGGUGGUUUGCUGUCCCUCAGCCCUGAUUACUGCUUUGUUCUGGAAGAUGAAAGCGGCAUCUGUGGCUAUGCGCUGGGAACUGUUGACGUAACUCCUUUCAUUAAGAAGUGCAAAAUGGCCUGGAUUCCUUUCAUGCAGGAAAAAUAUAGCAAGCCAAGCAGUGACAAGGAACUAUCAGACGCUGAGAAAAUUAUGUUGAGCUUCCACGAGGAGCAAGAAGUACUUCCGGAAACAUUCCUUGCCAACUUUCCGUCAUUGAUAAAGAUGGAUAUCCAUAAAAAGGUGACUGAUCCAAGUGUGGCUAAAAGCAUGAUGGCCUGCCUACUCUCUUCCCUCAAGGCAAAUGGCUCUCGUGGAGCUUUCUGUGAAGUGAGACCAGAUGAUAAAAGAAUCCUAGAAUUUUAUAGCAAGCUUGGAUGCUUUGAAAUAGCAAAGAUGGAAGGAUUUCCUAAGGAUGCCAUUAUCCUUGGAAGAAGUUUGUAAGGAGCUUGGUCAAUGAGUAUUUGGUACUGUAGAUUUCUAACUGCUGGAGAGUGGUGAGCUGAGUUUUACCUUAUUGCCUGUCUAUACAAAGACAGCAGUCAGCUGGCCUGAUGGUUUUGUGAAAAUUCACCCAUUACCUCGCCAAGAUGCUGCUGAAAACUCUGUUUGGAAAACAGAUACUGGUCAUCCUCAUUUCCUGGUCUUAAGCAGAGUGCCAAGGAGUACUGCAUAUGAUGUUGCCUUGGGGAAGAGACCCAGCAGUUCCAUGCAUCUACCUGCCUAUUCAGCUGAAUGGCUGUCUUAUCCAGAGUCUGACCAUAAAAUGCUCCUUCUCCUGUUAUAAAGUGGACUGAGAGAGGUGCAAACGGAAUUCGUCCUGUUAGAAGAAUGGGAGGUGGCUGUGUCCGUCAACAAGCGAAAGAUCAGUACUGACAGCUCUGAGUUUUGUCUUCUGUCCUGCUUGCUGUGAUAGGGAAGGAAUUGCCAUCUAAAAAAUAUUGGUUAAACUUUGUGCUUUGUAGGGAUAAACUGUGCAUUUGUCUGUGGCAAAGUCACUCAGUGGCAGAAGUGUAAAUUUUAGUGUGUAAAUAUAUAUAAACUGUAUGCUGAUACUUUGUGUUUAAUUGUUUUGUAAUUCUUUUGCUUUUCAAAGCAAAGUGAUGUUGUUCCAAGACAGCACUUUUGAAUAAUGUCAAACCACAAGAGAGGCUGAAGCUAAUUCCACUCCUAGCCUUUUCUCCUGUGCCUCAUGCCUUUCAGUAGAAACGUCAUGGGUGGCAGGGAAAAUGCUGGAUCUUGAAAGGUCAUUCCUUUAGAAACAAGUUGUCAAAAGGUGCAGUAGAUGCUGCCUCCUGCCAGAGAAAUGCUGGUUGGAGGGUGAUCCAGUGAGAUCAUUAGUGCCACAGCCAGUCAUUGGCUGGCCUGGACUGUGUGAAAGGGCUGUAUGCUAUGAUUUUACAGCUUCUAUCCUGAGUGAAUUGUCAGUCUUCAUAAAUCAGGGUCUUCAAGUCAUGCACAUUUGUGUCAGACUAUUUUGUGGACAGAAAGCACAUUUUACACAUUAUUUAAGUAGUUGCCUAAUUUUAAUGCAUUGCCUGUUUCAAGUGUUUGAGGUUUUUACCAAAAUGCAACAGGUGGUCAUGGCUAGGCAUUGUAGUAGGGAAGUAGCUGCCCCACUUGGGAGAGGAGUUGUUGUCCCACUGAAUGCCUUGUUCCUAGGAGGCAAUCAACCAACACCACACCUCAUUUUCUCAUCUGCUACAAUCAGUUAUUUUUUUUCUUCUUUUGCAAGUAUGCCCUUUGAGGAAAGAUGGAAUUUAGUUGAUCUUCACUCUCUUAAAUGCCCUUCACCUAUGGAAGAAGUUUUUUUACACUUUUUCUAAUGGCAUUUGACUGCUACAACGUAGUUUGAAGCCUUUACCGGCUUCAUUGUGUUAAACUUGCAGGUUUUUGAUUUUUCACUAUGUGAACAGUUUUAAUAGCAAAGUAUUUAAGAUGCAUCAAGUACAUUUCACUUGGAGAACAAGGCACUGAGCGAUAAUAGAUCUUGUGUAAUUCCAAGCUGGCUGUCAUGAGUUCUGUAUGGCUUUGAGUAUAUGCUGAGCAGCUAGCCACUUGGUUUAUUUUUUAAUUAGAUGCCAGAGAGAACAUAAUCUGGAUUUAUGGCAUUAAAUAUCUGUGUGUGGGGAGAUCUUUUUAUACAGUUAACCCAAUCUUUCUCCUUCAGAAUUUAUCACUGUUAAGUUGAUUGUGUUGAUAGGCUUGAAAGUCUGGGUCAGCCCCUUGCUCUUAAGGUUGUGAAGCAGCACAUUGACACAGCUUCCGUGGUUAUCAGUUUUCAUUGCAUACACAGUUGGAAUGCCACUUUCAGGACUGUUUGUAGACCUACUGUAUUUGUAGCAGAACGGACUGUGUAAAACUGUAUUUGAAGACUAUGUGAGAAAUAGAAUAAAUUGCAAAGUGAAUGUAAA